AUGCGUCUCAAGCGAGGAGCGAAGCGUGAAUCAUGCGACUUUUGCCAUGGUCGAAAAAUGAAGUGCGAUCGUGUCUCCCGAGCUCGCGAUGGUUACGCAACAUGUUCCUCAUGUGUUUCGCGUCAAGUUGAAUGCACAGUGGAUGGCCUUGGUGGUCAUCGUAUCCACCAAAGACAGCAAGAACGUUCUCAGCGGUCUCGUGGUGACUCGUCACUCAGUGGUCGGGGUGCGGUCUCAUCUCAUCUGAGUCCUCCCUUUUCUACGAACUCGCCUGCUCUAUCGCAUAUGCCAUCGCAAAACACAACAACUUCCACAUUCACAUUCGAUCAGACCCCAGAAAGCCUUUUCGUGGAUACCUCAUUCGAACUCUGCUCAGAUAGCAUGAUGUUCCUAGACCAAAUCUUCCUGGGUGACAUUCCAUCACCGAUGCAGAAUACCUCGCGUUCAACCAUUCCCAGCGGAUUACAACCUUCAUCUCCCGCAGUAGAGCCCAAUACUGCGGACCGGACCCAAACUGAGCCAUCUAAUUCCUCCCAUCCCCACGCACUUUCCGAGUUGGAACCCUGGCUGAGCUCGGUCAUUGAUCCGACAUUGUUCGUCGCGGCUUUACACGCAUAUUUCGACUUUGCAGCCCUCUGCAUGCCUAUCAUGAUUGAAGAUGCAUUCUGGGAAGACUUCCAUGCACGCCGUUGUAGCUCGGCGGUUUUACUUUCCGUUGCAUGUCGUGGUUUGCCCUUCAUUGACAUUGCGGGCAAAUCAGAGAUACAAGGCCAUAUUGCUCGCAAGUUCAAAGAAAGCUUCCUGGAGGCACAAGCCUCCGCAUCAAGCCGUGGCUCAGUUCGUCUUGAUAACCUCGAGUCUUUGGCACUUAUGGUCGAUUAUGAUUAUGAUUACGACGAAACACAUGAUCUGAUCCCUAGUUCGCACCUUGGUGAUCUCUUUAUGACGCAUGACUCUCUUGUUCUGAUGACCUUGCAAUUUUCUAAACACUACGAUCUGGACGCAGAUAUGUCAGUGCAGUUUGCACAGGCGAAAGAGCGCCAAAAGCUUCUUUUUUGGCACGUCUACGGGCUGGAUGCUUUCCAUUCCCUUGAUACCAAGACCGCAUCUUAUAUCCCAGAAAACGACAUUUGUAAUUGCGAAAGGAUCCUUCAACAUGAGACCGGCAGUUACCUAGAUUCCAUCCUUGCUUUGGCUGUUAUUGCACGCAAAAUUGUGGGAUCUCUCUGCAAUGCAACAGCAAGAGCUGGUGGUGUCAAACCCAAUGAAGUGCGCUCAAUCUACGAAUAUCUUCACCAUUGGCGCAAUCACAACUGCCCGUCACAUUUACAAAGGCAGGUGACCGGCCAGGGUGUGGGAGGUGUGCAGAGCAUCUCAUCGACUCCAAGUAACCGACAUAUACUAUUGCAGCGCGCGGUUUUAUGGCUUCUAGAGAUUAAUUGCUACAUGCAAAUCGAGAGCUGUAUCACCCAAUACGGCUUCCGGGAUGAAUCAUCACUCGAAGCGGAGAUUAUCAAGCUCCGUGCUCAGUACGAGUGUCUACAAGCCGUGCAGGAUGUCGUCGAGAUGUGCCAGUGGAUUGGGCAAUGUCCAGCGGUCAAUUCAGCCGAGGUCAAGCCCUUGGUUGACCUUGCACCAUCAAUACUCCGUAACAUUUGCGCCGGUAUGUGCAUUUGGGUGUGUCUUCAUGCUGAGAAGCUGGUCCUUCGCGAGCCUUCCGAUGUGUCUCGCGGGGGAUCCGGUAGUGAAUAUUGCGAGAACAGUACGGAUAAAAGCCGUAUCAAAAUGUAUGUAAAGGCCGCCCAGACCUUACGAGAUACUAUCGCAGCAUCAUCAUCUCACGGUGACACUGUCAAAAUCCUUACGCGGCUUGACAAUCAAAUAAGUUCUCUCCUUGAGAAGUUGAAAUGA